AGCACAGCUGAUCGAUCGAUUUGGUGUUUCCUUUCGUAUCCUACAACUUUUUCCUAAUUCUCAUACCUACAUUUCGAAUGGGAGAUCCGCAAAAUCCAUGCGAUUACCAGGCAACAGCCGAGCCACCUCUGUCAUCCGCAUCGUCGUCGUCUCCGUCUUACGUCUCCGAGGGCGAGGACGCGCCGCCGCUGUGGUGCACGCUGACGAAGCAGCUGUCUAUGCGUGAGGCGCCGCGCAACAUCGCGUGGGAGCGCCGCCGCCGCCAGGUCCAGCAGCAGGAGCGGUGGAGGAGCGAGGAGGAUCUGACGGACGAGGAUCUGAACGAGCUCAAGGGAUGUAUCGAGCUAGGGUUCGGCUUCAACGCCGAGGAAGGGCAGCGAUUGUGCACCACCAUCCCCGCGCUCGAUCUCUACUUCGCCGUCAACCGCCAGUACCUCACGAGCCCCCUCGCCAGCCCCACCCCCGCGCCACCGGCGACAUUGAGUCCCCAAUCGUGCUCUCUCGAGAAGGAUUCCGAUUCAUGGAAAAUUUUGAACAAAGGCGAUGAUCCUCAGCAAGUGAAGACGAAGCUGCGGCAUUGGGCGCAGGCGGUAGCAUGUUCAGUGAUGCAGUCCCCCAUUAGAGGCUCCUCGCCGCCGAUCGCCACUAAUGGUACUUCAUCUUUCUUCUCCAAUUCUCUUUCCAAAACCAGAGAUCAACUCAUGGCGCCCGAUGCUUCUCAUGCUCUAGCAGUGAGGGAAAAAGUUCAACACUUCCUCAAUGCCGCGCAGACUGGAAAUUUAGACCUCCUCAAAAAAUUGGCGAAGCAGCUCGAUGGUGGGAAGGGGUUAGCGCAAACGGUAGCAGAUGUUAAGGAUGCCAAUCAGAGAGGGGCACUGCAUUUUGCUGCCAGGGAAGGUCAGGCUGAGGUUUGCAAAUAUCUGCUGGAAGAGUUGAAGAUGGAUGUCAAUACGCAGGAUGAGGAUGGUGAUACUCCUCUAACGCAUGCUGCGCGGCAAGGGCAUACUGCCCUCGCCAAGUACCUCGUAGAUCAUGGUGCUGAUCCUUCCAUACCAAGUGCUUUAGGGACCACUGCUCUGCAUCAUUCUGCUGGAACAGGAGAUACUGAGCUUCUAAAGUUUUUACUCUCCAAGAAUGUGAGUGUUGAUUCUCAAAGUGAUGCUGGUACUCCGCUAAUAUGGGCUGCCGGUCAUGGCCAGCAAGACUCUGUCAAAUUACUACUAGAACAUAAGGCCAACCCAGAUGCUAUGACUGAAGAUGAUAUUACUCCUUUAUUAUCAGCUGUUGCAGCUGGUUCGUUGGCAUGUUUGGAGUUAUUAAUUAAGGCAGGUGCAACUGUGAACUUUACUGCAGGUGGUGCGACACCUUUGCACAUUGCUGCUGAUAUUGGCAGCCCAGAGAUCAUAAACUGCUUAUUACAAGCUGGAGCUGAUCCUAAUGCCAUUGAUGAGGAUGGUUUGAAACCAGUUCAGGUAGCAGCUUCAAGAGGAAAUAAGGUAGCUGUUGAAAUUCUUCUCCCAGUAACAGCCCCAAUUGAAUCAAUUCCAGAAUGGAGUAUUGAUGGAAUUCUUAAACACAUGCAACAAGAAACAGGGAAAGAGGAGGGUCAGAAUAAAAAAACUGCACGAUCUAAUGGACUUAAGGAUACUGCAACUUCCAAGAUAAGUUUGCCUGAGGUGUCAGCUGAAGCAAAGAAAAAAGCUGCUGAAGCUAAGGCAAGGGCUGAUGAUGCUUUCAGGAGGAAAGAUUAUAUGGCAGCAGUUGAUGCUUACACACAGGCAAUUGAUUUCGACCCAACUGAUGCUACUUUGCUUUCCAAUAGAAGUCUCUGUUGGCUUCGUCUUGGACAAGCGGAGCAUGCUUUAGCAGAUGCAAGAGCAUGUAAGGCUCUUAGGCCUGAUUGGCCAAAGGCUUGCUACCGUGAGGGUGCCGCUCUUCGUCUACUGCAGAAAUUUGAGGAUGCAGCCAAUGCAUUCUAUGAUGGUGUCACACUCAACCCUGAGAAUAUGGAGCUUGUAACUGCUUUCAGGGAAGCUGUGGAUGCUGGAAGAAAAUUUCAUGCAACACAGCAGCAGCAGCAGCAGCAGCAAGAAUCUUGAUGAAGAAUAUCUAUUGGUCUAUUCUGUACUACUACUUGUUAGCAUUUUCACUCUCAAUUUUGUUCUUGUGGUGAAUACUGGAUUAAUAUUUUGUUCUUAUCGAAUUCUGAUCCUGAAUAUUUAUAUGAAGUGCCAUCCUUGAUUCA